UCCGCCGUGGUGGCCAGUGACUUGAUUACGUUAUUAUAAAACCACCUCGUGUUUCCUGAAAUUGGGACUUUUCCACCGUUUAGUGUAUCGUCGUCUACAAUCACAUACGCUCACUCUUCAGCCGUCAUCAUGGUUCGUGAAGUUGAGAACUUGGACGAUUUCAAGAAAAUCCUGAGUGAUGCAGGAGACAAACUGGUGGUGGUGGACUUCACGGCGACGUGGUGUGGCCCCUGCAAGCAGAUUGCCCCAGAAUUUGUUAAAAUGUCGCAAAGCGGCGAUAACCAGAAUGUGAUUUUCCUGAAGGUGGACGUUGAUGAGGCAGAUGAUGUCAGCGCUCACUGCAAUAUUAACUGCAUGCCAACAUUCCACUUCUACAAGAACGGUCAGAAGGUGUUCGAGUUCUCUGGUGCUAACCUACAAACACUAAAAGAUAAAGUGACAGAACUGAGAUAGACGGGAGCUCUGCAGACCAAUCCACACAAAACUGCAUUGUACCAAACCCGGAGCAGAAGCUGUAGAAGAAGCUCUGAACAUGUCUGAGAAGGAAUUUCAGUUUCGUUUCUACAAUAAUCCUUUGUCCCUCACAGUCAAUAAUGUAUUCCACUCAUGUGACAGUUAUUGUCCUUUUUUAGCUCAGUGUGUGUAUUGGCUUCCUUAACUACGAGCUCAAGUUUAGGAUUCAACCUAAAGUCCACUUUUAUUCUGUCUUUGUGUCAUGGAUGUAGCUGACAGUUUUUCUGUUGGAGUUCAACAUGAAUUUAAUAAAAUGAAUUACACACGCAA